AUGGCUCACUAUCAGCUUCGACGGCCAUCUCCGGUCAAGGUCUUCCCGAAGCGCAUUCGUCAGGUCGAUCCUGUUGCAAGUACGAUGCCUGCUGCUGGAGGCGAGGUGGAAGAAGGCCCGGAAAGUCCAGAUUCACCGUUCAGCAGUCCAUCAACAGUUGGUGACAUAUCUGAGAGCGAGGAUUCCGAAUCCGAAGACGAGGCCGAGCCGCCGUCGCCAGUAGAGAGUGGUGCCACAGCUGCACCCACCACAACUUUGGAUGCUCCUUCAACCGCCGCCGUGUCGAUGCCGACAUCGGUAACGGAAAGCAAUGGCUCGACUACGACUGUACCUUCGUUCACUUUCGGUGUCCCCUCUCCAGGAAAAGAUGCACCACAACCCCAGAUUACUGGCUCUACCCUUUCAACCGCUGUUCGCCCUACAAUAACGUCAACUAUCAUCAAGGAGGUCAGAUCAACAGACAAUCCGGAGCUAUCUUCAACAAGGACUUCAGUAUCUCUAGCUCUGCCCCCCUCGAACACAGCCGAGCCAGAACUCUCCGGAGAAAGCAGUGCCCCGCAGAGGUUACCACAACGAGAACAAGAGCCUAUCAUGACGAAAGACGCCAUGGUUGCAUCAAUAGUUCUGGGUGUACUCGGUGCAUUAGCGCUGUUGGUCGCUGGGGUAGUUUUUAUCAAGCGCCGCAAACGUAAGAACAGUUAUAUCGACGCGGAUCCACCAUUCGAAUCCUUUAAUCCCUACGUGCCCGCCUCUAUCCCACCUCCAGAAACAGCACAUGUAGGUACCGCAUCCUCAAUCUUCGCGCGUCUUAAUGGUGGCGAUGGUGCCGGCGGAAAUGGUCAUUUGACACGCUCCACCGACCGCAGCAAUACACUCUUCGGCCCAGGCCCAUACUCUCGCCCCGAAACCGUUUCCACUGAGCGCUCCACCCGUGUACCACCAACACCAAAUCCGUUUGCCGAUCCACCCCUCAACAAAGCGUACGAUGUACUGAACAACCGACCCAGAAGUACAACGCUUACGGACCGGGGAAGUUGGCAGCAGAAUCCCUUCAGAAACCCAGAGAGCGAGCGAUUUGAUCCGUUCGGAGAGUUAAAGGAAAAAGCUAGGCGGGAAAGGGUGAGGUAUGUGGAGGACGCGAAGCGAGAAGCCGAAUUAAGGAAGCAGAUGGAGCAGAAAGAGGCGAUGGGACUCAGACCAGAUGGUAUACCGUGGAGUGAUGGUGGGUAUCGGUGA